AUGCUGUACGAGUUGAUUGGAAUUGUCCGACCCGGCAACCUGGCCGAGGUGAAAGAGAUCGUCCUGGCAGCCGGAAACAUGAUCCUGCAGAACAAGGGGGUGAUACGGGGCGUGUCGAACUGGGGCGUGUUCUCGCUGGCCAAGCCGACGUCGGUACACCAGAUGCGGCACAAGACUGGCCACUACUUCGCCAUGCGGUUCGACUCGUCCGUGGGCACCCAGGAGGCCGUCAAGCAGGUGCUGGCCAAGGACCCGCGCAUGAUCCGCCACACGAGCGUCAAGCUCGGCGACGGCAAGCUCGACACCCUCGCCCGCCUUGGCAGGGACGGCGGCAACGGCGCGCAGGGCUGGUAA